AUGAUAUUCCAUUACAAAGCAGACAAAUUCAGGUACACCAUAUUUUCGAACGUACGAUUAAACAAUGACGUCUAUUUAAAGAUCAAUCCAGUCUAUUGGCUCCUCGAUUCGAUCAUGAGCUUAACAUCUAAUAAUCCCACUCUAAUAGCAUCUGACAUAUCCAUUCCCUCACCAUCCAGCUCAUCCAUUCCUUCACUACCCGUUACCUCCGCUUCAUCAACUUCCGGUACCCCCACUCCAUCGCUCGACUACAGCAAAACGCACAUCUCCUACGGUCAUACACAAUGCAUGCCAGAUUUCGACAAGCAUUGGAAGGAACAAGCAGCCAUACGCAAAAAGUCAUGCGCAAAACACGCCCCCUUUGAAACCAAAGAGACACGCAGAGUCGCCCUCGCCUCCAUCACGACCGGCAAAAAAGUAGAAGCCUACCAACGCGCAGUCCAAUCGCACAUGCUCCACGCCGCCGUCCACGACACCUCCGCCCACAUCCUCUGCGAAGACCUCGCCGACGGCGCCUGGAACAAAAUUGCCUUCCUCCUCCACCUCGUCCAAAACGAGCUGCUUAAGCCUAAUAACACCCGCUUAGAAUGGAUCCUCUGGAUCGACCGCGACGCCAUAAUCAUGGACCCGUGCCGUCCCCUCUCCAGCUUCCUUCCCCCAGACACCCCUGAAUACGCAAACGUCAAUCUCAUCGUCAACCGCGACGCCGGCGACCUAAACGCCGGAUUGUUUCUCUUCAAAGUAAACGAGUGGUCCGCCAACCUCUUCAGCACUAUCCUUGGCUACCGAUACUACCGUCCGGAUGACCAUCUCCCUUCUGCAGAACAAACGGCUAUGUCGCGCCUCCUCAGCGAGCCCGGCUGGGCUGGAAAAGCAGCCUGGGUCCCCUGGUACUGGUUCAACGCGUACCCAGCGCCUAACAACAGCAUCGUCGAUUUCGCAGCAGGCGCCCAGCCCAAAAGUCUAAGAUGGUUUCAAGCCCGCAAAGGCCAUUUUGUCGUGCACUUCGCGGGCGACGAGGGCCGAAACGCGCGCAUGCUAGAUUGGCUUGAUGUCAUUGAGAGCAUGGAUGUGUGGAAGGAGGGCACUGCCAAAGUAGAUGUCACGGCGGAGGUGAAGAAGUACUGGGAUGCGUUUAGGAGCGGGGCACUGAGGUUGUGGCAGAAGACUGGGGAUCCGAGGGAUAAGGACAGGGAGGUUGAGGAGGAGGAGGAGGAGGAGGCGAGGAAGAAAGAGGAGAUGAUAAAGGUGAAGGAGAUGGAUGAUAUCACGCAGAUCGAUGAGACUGAGAAUCCCGGGGGUUCCCGGAGAUCGCAUGAGGAUGUUGCUGAUGGCAGCAACGACGAUGACGUCGAACUUUCCUAGUUGUCGCGCUGCCUUUCACUUUUCUUUCUUUCUCACAUUUGGCAGUCUGU